CCGCCAUUCAUUCUUUUGAGUUGGUUUUUCGUUUUACAAAUUCCAAAAACACACGAUUUGUCGUCAAGGUUUAUGCAACGUAAUCGCGUAAUUUAUCAACCAAGUAAUUAACAGCUGAAACAACAGACUUGGUGUUGGGGUAACUUUACCAUCACCUUAAUUGUAACAUCUGACUGAGUGACGUGAUCUAUCCGUGAGAUCGUAUCGGACUUCCAAUGAUGCUUUUGCUUCCCUUUUACGUUAUCGGAUGCGACGUUCGUUUGUGUGCCUGAUGGUGCAGAAAGUAUGUGUGAUUAACGGAACAAAUUCAUAGGACUCAGCAUGGGGGCGUUUUUGAAUAAGCCCGAAACUAAGAAGUUUAACGAGAGUGGGGAAGGGAAUGGUCUUCGCUAUGGCGUGGCGUCAAUGCAGGGCUGGCGAGUGGAAAUGGAAGAUGCGCAUCACGCGCAGUUAACUUUGAAUGGUACUCUAUCGGACUGGUCGUAUUUCGCCGUGUUCGAUGGGCACGCGGGGGCGCGAGUUUCAGCACAUUGCGCGGAGAACCUCCUUGAGUGUAUUUUACAAACGGACGAAUUCCGUCGUGAAGACAUCGCUGAGGCCAUCCGCGCAGGUUUUCUGGACUUAGACGAAAAGAUGCGUGAGCUACCGGAGCUCUGUACCGGCAAGGAGAAGUCUGGGUCAACGGCGGUUUGUGCUUUUGUAUCACCAAAGCAGAUAUACAUAGCUAAUUGUGGUGACUCGCGUGCGGUACUAGCACGUAAUGGUGCCCCGAUCUUUGCAACUCAAGACCAUAAACCAGAAUUACCAUCUGAGAAGUCUCGUAUAGUACAAGCUGGAGGAUCUGUGAUGAUCCAACGUGUCAAUGGUAGUUUAGCUGUUUCGCGAGCUCUAGGUGAUUAUCAAUACAAGAAAUCGAUCAGUCGUCGUCCCUGUGAGCAACUAGUGUCUCCUGAGCCAGAAGUAUCAGUACAUGAAAGAUCCGAGGCAGAGGAUGAGUUUCUGGUGUUGGCUUGUGAUGGAGUGUGGGACGUAAUGAGCAAUGAAGCAUUGUGUGCCUAUGUGCACUCACUCUUGCUACUCACAGAUGAUCUAACAGCAAUAACCAAUCAGGUCAUUGACACCUGCUUAUACAAGGGUAGUAAGGACAACAUGAGCAUUGUACUAGUGGUGUUCCCUGCUGCUCCGAAACCCAGUCCUGAGGCACAACGAGCAGACAGAGAGCUUGACGAGACACUGCGACAGAGACUCACAGCGCUGAUCGAAAAGAACGCGGGCACAGAAGACAGCGAGGACUCGUGCCACUUCUCGCAGGUGCUGAAGGAGUUGGUCCAGGAGAACGUGCCGGGGUUGCCGCCGGGAGGAGGGCUCGCUGCCAAACGAGGGCUGCUGGACAAAAUAUAUAGGGAGUACUAUCCGGAGCACCCUGACAGCUCGGAGUCGUUCGACUGCCAGGCAGAGCUCGCCGACGCACUCUUCGAUGGCGCGAACUAAGUCGCCCAUUCACAGCAAAACAUGCACUAUUGCAAACAUACUGCGUUCUACAUUCGUUUGGCAGCGCUGCUCGUGUUAUGGGAUAGUAGAACUACUCGAUAAAUAAAAAAAUGUACUGUACCGAUAAAUUCAAUUAAAAAAUUGCAAUGCCUUUGAAUGAGUUUUAAUUUUCGAAUAAAGCUCUUUCAGCAUAUAUGCUAGAAAUUGUCGUCUGUAAUCUUACUGUAGUAAGGUUUUCAAUAAUUGUCUGCAAGUUUGCACCGUCUUUUGCAAUAGUGCAUGUUUACUAUAAAAUUUUAGAUGAAUACAAUACAUUUUGUAGUAACCAUCGAAAGGAAUUGCGAUCACAUUUUAAUAUUAAAUGAAAAAAAAAUCUCUGUAUUUUAUUUUGUAAAUAAAAAUAAAAGUCUCGAAGAUCAAUGUAGGCGCAAUUUCAUUUGAUCACAACCGAAUGCUACUAAACUUCGUCUGUGUUGAUUGUCGUUAUUUUUAUCGUCGCCCGCUUUGUACAAAGAUCAGCUACAUACGUGAUCAUAAAAUAAAAAUAGUCUAUCUAGUGGUUGUCCAUGGUAGCGAAUAUAGUAACGCGACAACCACAAAAAGGCCAAAAAUUAUACUGAAACUUAGCACUCGACAACUGCGUGUUAUUUUUUCUCCACAACUGCUGUGGAAUGGCAAUAACUUUUGAGUCGUAGAUAAAAAAUCUUAUUUUACAUUUUAGUGUACAUGUGUCGCCCUUACCUGCCUCUCCACAGCGGUGUGAUAAUCUUGUUUGACAGUUUAUUAAAAACUUAAAUUGUGUAACGUUGAUGUUUGGCACAAAUAUCCAUUUCCUCCAAACAAAUCAUUUAUUGUAGAAACUAACAGAUACUACUUUUUAGAGUUGAAAUAUUUGUACAGAAUUAAAAUGAUUUUAUUUGGCUGAUUCACAGCUUUUAUUUCGUAGUUUAGAUGUACGUUUUAAUUUCUUUUAUCAUUGGCCGUUUAUAAAUGUUAUAAUAUUAGAAUGUAUUAUAGAAAUUCGAGUAAAAUAUAAAGCAUAUUGUUAAAAAUGUCUACUAGUAUUGCAGAAAACAAUCUUUCGUGUCGUCUGUUUAAUGGUCUAUUAAAGAAACUGGCCAGUCGUAGUUCGUUCAAUAUUUGCUGGUAUUUCUUAUCAUAAAGUAAUAAGGUUUAUAAUUUAGUAAUUAUUAAAUUUACAGUUUUAAAGAUUAGUAGCUAAAAUAAUGUUUAUUUCAUCAAUACGAGUUAUGAAAUUAUUAGAUUUCUUUUCUUAAAGAAACUUAGUUUUGCUUUUAUUUCGAUUUGCCAUUAGUGCAUUUUCAGGUAUACAUAAUAAUGAAUAACGAAAUUAUAAACAAAUUACAAAACUGUACAAAAGUUAUCGAGUAGGUAGUCUGAGAUCCGAUAUAUUAUCAUUAUUAACAUUGUUACCAAAUAUGUGAAAAAUAAAACUAUUUAUGGGCUGCCCAUGAAACGCAAUUUUAUAAAAUUCUGAAAAACAAUACUAUAUCUCUUACUAUGAUAGUAUAUAGUAUCUGUAAUAAAUUAAAAAUAUAAUAGAGUGAUAUUAAUGUAUAAUAUCGAGUGGAUGAUUGAAUAUUAUACAGUUUUAAGAAUUUCGUCUUUUUUAAAUUUUCCCGAGCGGAUCAUGGCCGGCCUAUUUUUUCUUGUGAAGAGAAGGGUGAAUACUUUUUGUACCUGUUUGAGCGAAUUAGAACAUAAAAAUCUUGUUUUGUAUUAGCCUCUGUAGUCAGUAAUAGACUUAAUAUUUCCGUAAUUUCAUUAAUUUAUGAACUUGAGUUGCUUUUUUUUGUAAGAAAUAAGACCAAGCAAUGUAUAUUCUGUUGUAAUUUUUUGUAUGUGUAUAAUAAUAAUAAUAGUAAAGAGACCUAGUUAUCAGUUUUAUUGUAAGCAUGGAACAAAAUCGCUGUCAAAUAUUAGUCUCGUUUUUUCAAUACAUGUAUGUAUGUAUGUUUUCUAGUGAAAAAUAUUGUGAAUAUUUUCAUUUUAAAAGUAUUUACUGUUUUAACUGGUUCUCAGUACUUAUUAAUUUUAUUUUGGUCCAUUGUCACUAACUAAAUUGUUUAAACACGGCGCAGUCUUAUAAUAUAUUAUUUCAAUAUAUAGUGCUACUAAGAUUUUACUUUUAAUUUAGUUAGAUUUUUUUUAAUUAAAUGAACCAAAUAUAACUGGCAGUGGGUUUAGAGAAUUGGAAUAUUUUUAUGCCCAUCGGGAAAAAAAUAAAUUGUAGGUUGUUUUUUAUUAUUAAAUCUUUGCUUUCGGUCGGAAGUCUACGUUAUCUUACGGCGUGUGUCUCGUUAUUAUCUAGUAGACGCUUGAACAAUAAAUACCUAUACCUUCA